GAGUAUCUUCCAUUUUAUCCCCCAAAACUUAACAGAAGGAAGGAGGAGAUAACAGCAUUUCCUAUUUUAAAUUUCAUUUUUAGGUUCCCAAUAAUACAAACAUUUUUAUGCCUUUUAUACUUAUUUAUAAAUCAUUAUAUUUAUUUUAUAAUUGUUGAAGGUUUUGAGAGAGAAAUUUGGAAUCAAAGAGUUCAGUUCUCUGAAACAAGGAGGAACUCAAGAAUGACUCUCCCAAUCUGGGUUGUGCAAUUUCUAUUACUAUCCCUACUUAUUGGAGAAUGUAUUGGAAGGCCAUUUUAUCCACUUCCAAGCAAAUUCGAUAACAAAAAUAAACAGCCAUUGCAAACAUUUAGACCUUUUAAUAUUGCACACCGAGGUUCAAAUGGUGAAAUCCCUGAAGAAACUGCUGCUGCAUAUAUGAGAGCUAUUGAAGAAGGUGCAGAUUUCAUAGAAACUGAUAUUCUUUCGUCUAAAGAUGGUCAUCUCAUUUGCUUUCAUGACGUCACGCUUGAUGCCACGACUGAUAUUGCUGAUAAUAAAGAGUUUGCCGACCGUAAACGAACUUAUGAAGUUGAAUAUGCGAAUAUGACUGGGUUUUUCACCGUUGACUUCACACUGAAGGAAUUGAAGUCACUACGGGUGAAGCAAAGGUACGAGUUCCGGGAUCAGCAAUAUAACGGGAAAUUUUCAAUUAUUACUUUCGAAGAGUUCAUUUCAAUUGCGCUGGAUGCACCCAGAGUUGUUGGAAUCUAUCCCGAGAUUAAAGAUCCAGUUUUCAUCAACAAGCAUGUUAAAUGGGCAGACGGGAAAAAGUUUGAGGACAAGUUUGUGAACACGCUUAAGAAGUACGGGUACUCAGGCUCGUAUUUGUCAGAAGAGUGGAUGAAGCAGCCUGCUUUUAUCCAGUCAUUCGCUCCAACUUCUCUCACAUACAUUGCGAACAUGACAGAUUUGCCGAAAAUCUUCCUAAUUGAUGAUGUGACUAUCCGUACCCAAGACACAAACCAGUCUUAUGAGGAGAUUACUUCGGAUAGUUACUUGGAUUUCAUAAAAAAGUAUGUGGUAGGGAUUGGACCCUGGAAAGAUACAAUUGUACCAGUUGACAACAAUUAUCUACUAACACCAACAGAUCUUGUCGCCAAAGCACAUUCCCAUGACCUGCAGGUGCACCCUUACACUUACCGUAACGAGAAUCAGUUCUUACACUUCGACUUCCAUCAAGACCCAUAUGCAGAGUAUGAUUACUGGAUAAACAAAAUAAAAGUCGAUGGCCUCUUUACAGAUUUUACUGGGAGCCUCCAUAAUUAUCAGGAGUUGUCAUCCCAACAUAAGACACCAGCAGAUGACAGUUCUGCUUCUUCCCUAUUGCGUAAGAUUGCAUUGAUGAUCUCCAGCAGAAAAUUAUGAUUAUCUUUUUUUGAUUCCGUGAAAUAUUUCUGAGCACGGUUCUGUAAAUGAUGAUUAUUAUGACUUGCAUGCAAAGGAAAAUUCUCAAUAAAGAUAUGGUUGCAAAGAAAAACUAUUGUGUC